AUGGGCGUCUUCUAUCGCUUAGGGGCGGUCUGUAGUGGAUCUCCUGAGCUCGUGUCCGUCUCUGGAUUCAUCUGCAGCAGUAUCUUAUGUCUUGGUUUAGUGAAUAUGCAUUUGCAGACGGAUCCGCAGGGUCUCUGGGUGCCUCCACACAGUAUCGCAGCUCAGGAACAAGCUCACUUUGAUGAACUUUUUGGCCCUUUUUUUCGCAUUGAGCAACUCCUUUUUUAUGUCGACGACUUUUCAAUGGACUCAGAUUGGAAAUCUGAGUCUGCGACGUGUGACGCCGUUUUGGAUUUGGUCCAGCGUCACUUUUUGUUACAAAUGACCAAAAUUCAGACCCAAAUUACCAAUACCGUUAUUUAUAGUCAAGACGAAGCAAAUGUGACACUACAAUUACAAGACUUUUGUUACCGACCAAUUCAAGGAAAAGGGUGUUUGAUUACUAGUCCAUUCCAGUAUUGGCGGAAUAAUGUCACAUUACUUGAAAUUGAUCCAGAUGUCAAGCUCACGACAGCUUGUCAAACGACAGAUCCAAAACUUAAGGACUAUUCUCCAUGUAUGGACGAAAAUGGUAUUCCAGUGAUAAGAAACGUGGUAUUUGGUGGAUUAUCAAGAGAUGACUGUCAUCAAAAUCCAGACCCAUGUGGAGAAGCGACACCUCAAGCCAAGGCUUUAAUGGUUACUUUUUUGCUGAGUAAUAACUGGAAGAAUGAGACGUACACACGGUAUGCUGAAUUGUGGGAGAAAGAGGUGUUUCUUAAGAUUGCAGAGCAAGCAGCAGAAUCAUUCAAGCCUUUAGGAGGAAAUAGUAGCGAUGAGUUUAUCUGGGACAGUGUGGAAGACCAAGAGCUGGCACACGCUGGUAUUGACGGCAUGAAACUCACGUACAUGGCUCAACGAUCUGUUGCAGAUUCGUUGAUCGUGCAGACCAAUCAAAAUGCUUUUAUCGUUGUCGUGAGCUACUUGGUCAUGUUCUUUUACGUGUCCGCCUCGCUGGGUAAAUUUAAAGAUCCAGUGCGCUCACGUUUCGGUCUCGGUUUGACAGGAAUAGUGAUUGUACUGUUGUCGCUGGGUGCUGCUAUGGGUAUAAGCUGCUCGAUACUGCAAAUGGACGUGACGAUGAUCACGAUUGAGGUUGUGCCUUUCUUGAUACUUGCUAUCGGUGUGGAUAAUAUGUUUAUUUUAACGAACGAGUUUGAUCGACUGGCAGCUCUGCGUGGUCUAGAAACACUUGGUACUAAACGCAGCACGCGUGAUCGGGCUGAGGAGGAGUUGCUGAUGAUGAAGCAGGUUAUGGGAGAAACGAUGGUGAAUGUGGGACCUUCGAUUGUUGUAGCAGCUAUAGCUGAAACACUAGCAUUCUUGGUGGGUGCACUUACGCGGAUCCCGGCGCUUACGAGCUUCUGUGUUGUCGCCGGACUGGCAGUCGCUGCUAACUUUGUGCUUCAGAUUACGUGGUUUGCCUCAGCACUUGUGCUAGACACUCACCGCGUGCGUGGCCGACGAUACGAUUUGUUUCCAUGGAUGAAGCAAAAGCUCACUCUCAUUCCACCUGCCAUGGCAAAGGAAAGGAUGGAAUCGAACAAUCACGAUCAGUAUGACUUGCUCGUCGACGACCGAGCUGCAUCGACACGUGCGAGCAGUAAUGCUGGAAUUAUCCAGCGAUUUGUGGAGAAGACGUACAUUCCUUUCUUGUUACGACGCUCCACCAAAGUACUGGUGCUUGUGAUAGCCUUCGCGGUUUUAACACUCAGUGCCUUUGGCUCUUCGAAGCUGCCACUUGGAUUAGAGCAAGAGCUUGCGGUGCCUACGGACUUUUAUCUUCAUGAGUAUUUCAAGAAGCAGACAGCACUUGGUGAGGCUGGACCUCCAGCGUAUGUUGUUCUCGACAGCGCUGCGGAUUAUACAGACGCGCGCCUGCAGCAAGAUGUGAACAUUUUAUUAGACGAGCUCUCAGGUCUACACCAAUACAUUGAGCUACCCAUUUACUCUUGGUUGCACACGUUCAACCAGUGGCGCCAAAUGCGGUUUUUCCUUCAAGAGAAGAUUGAUCAAGGUCUGAGCGAUUGCCCGACACAACCCAUGGAUCCUUUCCCGUACGAGCUCGCAAAUGUUUCGUUUGAAGACGCAGCGAGGGACAUUUCCUUAGCUCCCAAUUUUGGGUACGGUGCUUUAGCAACGGUGAAUGUGACUCCUAACGCACUGUUCUACCCGUUGGUGAAGAAUUUUACGCAAAUUUCCAUUGACUCGUCGUGUUGUCAGUAUUUUGGACUAUGUGGUGCGCAGUACGAAGAGGACAUUGUUUUUAACGAAGCGAUCGAGGACGACAAUGCGGAUAAUUUGACUAUCGUUGGUUCUCGGAUGCGCUUUCAGCUAAACGCGAUGCGCAACCAGACCAUGUUUGUAAACUCGUACUACUACCUGCAUAGUGUGACUAGCGCGUGGAGCGCUGGUAAAGCCGCUACUGCAUUCCCAUACGCUCUUGUGUUCGUAUUCGAAGAGCAGUACACAUACAUCCAAGGAAUAGCGUUGCAGAGUGUGCUGCUGGCAUUGGCAGUCGUCUUUGGUGUCGUUUUUGUGCUAAUGGAUGGUAGCUUGCGGUUGACUACCAUUGUUACUCUGUCCGUGCUGUCGAUGGCCUUUUCGCAAUUGGGAUUUCUUUUCGUGUGGAAUGUGCUUGCCGGGCCUGGUGCUGAAACGUCCAUCAAUGCAGUCUCGGUGGUGAACCUUCUUGCCUGUAUCGGGCUGGGUGUUGAAUUCUGUGUGCACAUGGCUCAUCAGUUUUCGUUCUCAAGGAGACAUCACCUGGGAACAACUGCCAAUGACCAUACGCGCUACGCUCUGACCAGUGUCGGUGCAUCGAUCUUCUCGGGCAUAACGCUUACCAAGUUUUGCGGUAUUGGUGUGCUUGCAUUCGCGCCAUCCAUGUUGUUCCGCGUGUACUUUUUCCGAAUGUAUUUGGGUAUCGUUGUGCUGGGCUGUUUUCAUGGAUUGGUCUUGUUGCCGGUGCUACUCAGUCUGUUUGGCCAGCCUGAAAAGUACCCAAAUGAUCUCAGUUCAUUCCUACUUUCCGAGGAGUACGAUGAUGAAGUUGAAGACGAACCGGAAUUAUUCUAA